AAUAUUUCCACAGCUUAUAUAUAAAUCGUUUCUCACAGGAAAGUUCAAACAAUUUGUGAGUUGUAAUUACAAAUUUAGUUGACCAGAGAUAUGGAUGCCAUGUUUACUUGCCUUUUCUUUCUCAUAACCAUUCUCUCUUUAUUUGCAGGGAGAGGCAAUGCGGAGAAAGCGCGGGCUUUGUUUGUGUUUGGGGACUCAUACGCCGACACAGGAAAUCAGGAUCCAUACAAUCAAAGCGUAAACCAGGCAUGGAGACGACCGUACGGUUUGACCUGGCCUGGCUAUCCCGCAGGCAGAUUUUCUUCUGGAAAAAUCCAGACAGAUUUAUGGGGGGAUAUUUUAGGGCUUCCUGUUCCCAUUCCUUAUGAGCUGCUGAAAAGUCAUAAGUGUAAAGUAAUUGCGAAGAAGAUUAGACAAGGAGUGAAUUUUGCAGUUGGAGGCAGUGGAAUAUUUCGAGACUACGGUUUCACAACAGUACCGCAGCAGGUGAAGCAGUUUAAGAAGCUGAUUGGAGGAAGUCAGGGGUUCGAUUCUCACAAGCUCUCGCGCUCUGUAGUACUUAUCUCUGUGGCUGGUAACGACUACGGUGCAUUCCUUUCUAGAAGUAAUGGCUCCAUUAAGGGACUGAUCGAUCUGGUGAAUCCUGUGGUAAGCGGAAUAAUCGAGGCUGUAAAAGAUCUGUAUGAAAGCGGGCUUGGGAAUUUUGCGGUGAGUAAUAUGUUUGAUUUGGGGUGCACGCCUCAGAUCGGCAAAACAUCCUGUAUUUCAACCUACGAUAACAUUACAGCUCUUCAUAUAAGAUUAUUGAGGGAGGGCGUAGAAAGCUUGAGAUCGAAUUUCAAGGAAAUAUCCAUCAUUAUUUCAGAUUUGGUGUCUGCAACUAAUUAUAUUUUCUCCAAUCCUGGAAAAUAUGGUUUUGUGGAUUUGUUCGUUCCUUGCUGUGCUGCAAAAGGUAGAAUUGAUAUCUGUGGAGAGGUGGACCAAGUAGGAAGGCCUUUAUAUGAAGUGUGUUCUGAGGUGGAUAAAAAGUUUUACUGGGAUUAUAUUCAUCCAACUCAGCAAGGAUGGACAGCGAUUAUGUGGCUGUACAGUAAUGGAGUGAAAGGGGAUAAUAAAACAAUGAGUUUUAUAGAGGGGGCGCCAAAUAUUAUUGCGUGGCUACACUCAAUUGGAUUCGUUGCUUACAAUGUUUCCUCCUAAGCAUAAACCACCCAACGUUACCACCUAAAUAAGCUUUUGUUGGCAUUAUUUGAUUCGAUGAAUGGUUUUCUAAAUAAGCUAGAAUUUUCCGAGAGCUGAAAUUUAUAUAAAUCAGAUUGUUUUGAACUGUA